AUGACUGAAAACAGUAAUAUUGAAGCAGCAGGGAUGUCCGCUAACAUUCAACCAUCUUCUCCACCGUCAGGUGUUCGUAAGAAUCGGUCAGCUGCCUGGGAUCAUUUUGAUGUAGAGAAUGCUACCGAGAAGAAGGCUAAAUGCAAAUAUUGUGGUAGCUUAAUACAAUAUGGGAAUGGAACCAGCUCAAUGGGUGGUCAUUUGAGAAGAUGCAAGCAAAAUCCUAAUAAUGAUUCGAACAAAAGAAGAAAAAUAACGACCACACCGACUAUAGAUGAGCGUGGUGUUUUAAAUUCACCUAGUGCUUCCAAAUUUGACCAAGAGGAGGCUCGAAGGGCACUUGUGAAAAUGUUUAUUGGGGAAGAGCUACCAUUUCGCUUUGUUGAAAGCCCAAAAUUCCAAAAAUUUGUUCAUGCCCUACAAGCAAGAUUCAAAGUUCCUUUACGGACUAUAUUAGCACGUGACAUUAGAGCUCUUUAUGCUGAAGAAAAGAUGAAGUUGCAAGAUUUUCUUUCGGCAAAUUGUGGUAGAGUCUUCAGUGUGACAGUUGAUAAUGCCUCCUCUAACGAUGUUGCAAUUAAAUAUCUGAAGCAGCGAUUGAAUUCUUGGAAUAGCAUUAUUUUGAAUGGUGAAUUUAUUCAUAUGAGGUAUUGUGCACAUAUUAUAAACUUAAUUGUAAAAGAGGGGUUAAAAGAGAUUGAUGAAUCAGUCUUGAGGAUUCGUAGUGCAGUAAAGUAUGUUAGAUCUUCUCCAUCUAGAGCUAGUAGGUUUCAAAAGUGUGUUGAACUAGAAAAAAUCCAAUAUAAAGGCAUGCCUUGCAUGGAUGUUGAGACUGGGUGGAACUCUACCUAUCAAAUGUUAGAGGUAGCUUUGAAGCAUCACAAAGCAUUUGAGUUGCUUACUUUGAAAGAUAAUACCUAUAUAGGAGAGAUGAAUGGAGGAAAAGGGAGAGGUGUUCCUUCUGAUUCAGACUGGGAGUAUGCUGAGUCCAUUGAAGUAUUUGCAAUUGGACGAUUUAUUCGUCAUUCUUGUGAUUUUGUUGAUUUUAGUACUAUGUCAAUGGCAGAAAGGAUGAGGGUUAAGUAUGAGAAGUAUUGGGGCAAUUCUGAUUCGGUGAAUAUGUUGUUAUUGAUUGCUAUCAUACUUAAUCCAAUGCAAAAGAUUGAGAAGACCAACAACAUUAAUACCGAUCUUCAUGGCAUGGGCUUUUUUCUGCAAGCAACCGGUCGCAGAACAAAUACAAGAUCUAAACUUGAUAGGUAUUUGCAAGAAGAAUACGAGCCAUACUCCCAUAAGUUCGAUAUACUAAACUGGUGGAAGGUCAACUCAACUCGAUUUUCAAUUCUUGGAAAUAUGGCUCGUGAGGUAUUGGCUAUACCUGUUUCUACGGUAGCUUUGGAGUCUGAAUUUAGUAUUGGAGGAAGAGUCCUCGAUCCAUACCGCAGUUCCUUAACACCUAGAAUGGUAGAAGUCUUAGUCUGCACAGGAGAUUAG